AUGGCUUCCAUCAAAGCGUCCAACAUCCUGAUCUUCGGAGCCACCGGUUUCAUCGGCACCUUCAUCACGGAGAAGGUCAUCGCCGCCCAGCCCGCCUUCAACCACAUCGCCAUCUUCACGUCCGCCAACACGGUCAACACCAAGGGCGAGCUCCUGGACAAGUGGAAGAAGGCCGGCAACGUGACCGUCGUCACCGGCAACGUCGAGUCCGAGGCCGACGUCAGCGCGGCGUACAGAGACCACAACAUCGACACGGCCAUCAGCGCGUUCGGCCGCGGCGCUAUCGACAAGCAGGUCAACCUGAUCAAGUGGGCGGACCAGUCGGGCAAGGUCAAGUGGUUCUUCCCGUCCGAGUACGGCACGGACGUCGAGUACGGCCCGCAGAGCGCGGGCGAGAAGCCGCAUCAGCAGAAGCUCAAGGUGCGCAAGUUCAUCAGGGAGGAGGUCAAGAACGUGCAGGUCACAUAUGUCGUGACUGGGCCCUACUUCGAGUCCUGGGUCGGCCGCCCCGAGGGUCUGGGCGUCGCGCCUGGUUUCGACGUGCAGAAGAAGGAGGCGUGGCUGGUCGAAGCUGAUGGGAAGAUCGGCUUUACGACGAUGCCUGACGUUGGCAAGCUGGUGGUCGCAGCCCUGCAGCACCCCGAGGCCGCGGCUGGUAAGGCACUCAAGGUGAACUCAUUCGAGGUCACGCCGAACCAGGUCCUCGCAGAAUACGAGAAGCAGACGGGGGCCAAGUGGAAGGCCAACCACAUUCCCCUCGACGAGCUCAGACAGGAGGAGAAGAAGCGCUGGGAGGAGGGCCACGCGAAGGCGACGAUCCUCACGCUGAGGCGUAUUUGGGCUGAGGGUGGCACUCUCUACGAGAAGACGGACAAUGAGGCUAUUGGAGUGAAGCCUGAGGACACAGAGUCCUUGCAGGUUAUCCUGAAGAGGAUUCUUGGGGGCCCAUGA